CGUAGCGGAGCUCGUCAACUGUCAACACGGAUCCUGGACAAAAAAAAACCUGCGUUGCUUUCUCGCACAUAGAAGAAAAUGUUAGAAACGGCGACAUUCCCCACAAUAUCCCGGAAUAAAACUUCGUAUUUGUAGACUUUCUGAUUGUUGUAACAUCAAGUUUGGAAGGAGGGAUGCCAGUGGAGAGUGGAAGCGGUGCUGCUGCCCGCCAGGCCAAGCAGAAGAGGAAGUCCCACAGCCUGUCCAUCCGCAGGACCAACAGCACCGAGCAAGAACGCUCGGGUCUGCAGAGAGACAUGCUGGAGGCACAGGACUCCAAACUGCCUCUGUCUCUGAGGAGCAAUCUGCUGGACCUGUUUAGUCAGAUCGAGAGGGAGUUUGAAAACCUCUACAUUGAAAACCUGGAAUUACGCAGAGAAAUCGAAACGCUGAAUGAUCGCUUGGCUGCAGAAGGACAGACUUUUGAAGGGGCAGAUUUAGCCAAAGGAGCACUGAAAACUAAAGCAAGUCAUAGCACCAGCCAGCUAUCACAAAAGCUAAAGACGACCUACAAGGCUUCUACAAGCAAGAUUGUGUCCAGUUUCAAAGCAACCACGUCCAGAGCAGUGUGCCAGCUGGUCAGGGAGUAUGUCAGCCACAGAGAUGGCAUCUGGGACCUUAGUGUCACCAGGACUCAACCUGUGGUCCUUGGUACUGCGUCGGCAGACCACACUGCAAUGCUGUGGAGCAUUGAGACUGGGAAGUGCCUCCUCAAAUAUAUGGGCCAUCAAGGAUCAGUCAACUCCAUCAAGUUCCACCCCACUGAACAGAUGGCUCUAACAGCCUCCGGAGACCAGACAGCUCACAUCUGGAGAUACAUGGUGCAGCUGCCCACUCCACAGCCUGUUGCUGAUAUCAGUCAGACACCCUGUGAAGAUGAUGUGGACUUUUCGGAUAAAGAUGAGGCUGACGGUGAGGUUGAGGGCCCAAACGACUGUCCUUCUGUCCGUGUGCCAACCACGACUCUGCGCAGCCAUCAGGGUGUGGUGAUCGCUGCUGACUGGCUGGUGGCGGGCAAACAGGUUGUGACAGCCUCCUGGGACCGAGCCGCCAACCUGUAUGAUGUGGAGACCUCAGAGCUGGUCCACUCACUCACUGGCCAUGACCAGGAGCUAACCCACUGCUGCACACACCCCACCCAGCGUCUGGUGGUCACCUCAUCCAGAGACACCACCUUCAGACUGUGGGACUUCAGAGACCCAUCCAUCCACUCUGUCAACGUUUUCCAGGGACACACUGACACAGUGACGUCUGCUGUUUUCACUGUGGGCGACAACGUGGUAUCUGGUAGUGACGAUCGAACUGUCAAAGUGUGGGACCUGAAAAACAUGAGGUCGCCCAUAGCAACCAUCCGCACCGACUCCGCUGUCAACAGGAUCAGCGUGUCGGUGACCCAGAAAAUCAUCGCUCUUCCUCACGACAAUCGGCAGGUCCGGCUGUUCGACAUGUCCGGGGUGCGACUGGCUCGACUCCCGCGAAGCAACAGACAGGGUCACCGGCGGAUGGUGUGCUGCUCUGCCUGGUGUGAAGACAACACCUCCUGCAACCUGUUCACCUGCGGCUUUGAUCGACAGGCCAUCGGUUGGAACAUCAACAUCCCCGCCCUGCUGCAGGAAAAAUGACCUCCACCUCCUGCUGAUGUCACUUUAUAGUGAAACUCCACCCAGAGUCUGUUAUCAUGCACGAUCCUGCAGGCUUAAAAGGUGGCCUUAAAAGUUUACUUUCAUCUUUCUUUUGUCUGUGAAGACUUGUCACAUGUCGUAACCGAUAUAAUUUUAGCAAUCACUCAAUCAAAGUUAAAAUUACAGACUUUUAACAGCCAUCUUUUGAGUCUGCAGGAGGUCAGUAUUUGACACUUAAAGCUCGUUGGGGUCUGACCUCCCCAGGAGGAGGGCAGGAAAGAAAAAACGACUUGCGCCUGCUGUCUACUGCAUCUGUCACGCUGUCUAACUCACCGCCGCGAAUAUAUACAGAACACAUUUGUGUGUCUUUUUGCAUGGAAGCAAAUCCUCACCAUCUAAAAGAGAAAAAAAACCUGUGUACCACUAAUGAAAAAAAGCACAGAAACAUAACACAGAGGAGCUUCUUUGAUGAAAACUAAAAAGCAGAUGCUGAUGCUCAACAGUUAGAUCAGUAAGGUUCUUACUUUAGCAAAUUUGAUCUGUACCAACAGAUUUAUGUUUAGAGAAAGAAUGGCAUUCUGUUGCUUUAAAAGAAAUCUGUAAUAACUUGCCCCUUUAGCUUCUGCUUUGCUUAAAUUUCUUGAUUUCUGUGAUUGCUAAACGUUUGUGCAAAGUGGUGGCACUAGAAAGAAGCCCUCGCUCUUUGAUUCUCAGAAAUUGACCCUACAGUCUUCUUUUUCCAGUCAUCUUUUGAGUUUCUUAAACAUUUUCUGCUUCUGGAAAUAAUUUGACAACACAAGCAUUGUCUAACAUGUGUUUGACUGGUUAUCCAUUUCGGUUAGCUGUUUGUUACCAGUGUUAAAAGCGGACUUUUCCUCUUGAGUUUCGUUCAAAAUGUUUGGUCGGGCACCUGAUUCAUAGCUUAAACUCUAUAAUACAUUUUAAUACUGGCGAUCAUAUAAUCAAAGCAGCUCUCCUCUUGUUUGUCACUGUGACAGAGUCAUAGACUCAGUGACAGAGUUCAGGAGUCUCUGUGUGAUAAAGUAAUGCACCUUUUUGAAAAUCCUUACAGCUUUUUGUUGCUGUUGUAGAAAAUUUAAAAAAACAAAUGACCUUUGCAGCUUCUGCGCAUUGUCAACACAGUCAGAAGGGACAACAGCUUUUCUUGUGAGUUUCAGCUGGUGGCUGAUAGGAUUGUUGUCUGCACAGUCAGACACUUUGGCACAUAAUGGUCCUAUUCUGUAGUAGAUGGCUGGGAGAGGAACUAAAAUCGACUGGUUUCUCUUGUGUGGCAACCUGAAAAAAAAAGUGAUUUAAAGCAUUUCCUGUGCUGGCAGUGGUGCUGUGUUAGUACUAGAAUGGUUUCUCUCCAGCGUGGGUCACUUGUACUGUGGUUUUGUUGUUCACCCUGAAAACAGUAGUGUCACAAUACAUAUCAAGAUUCUGGGUGGCUUUCACACUGAACCUGAACAGGCCUGUUUAAAGCAGGAACUCACUGGAUGGCAGCAAAUCUUCUUAAUAACCUUGAGCUAAAGAACGUAUGCCUGGUUGGUAUAAUGCUACAUAAGCAUGAUUCACUCCAAUAGAGAGAUAGUGACUUCCUUAAAGGAAGAUAUAUGUGAUGUUACUGUUAAUGUGCCAUUUGCAAAACUAUAUCUAGCCUGCAUGUGCUAAAAGACACAAAAGUAUAAAAUCUUAAAUUACAAUGAUAGAGCCUGUGUAAUUGUAUCCUACAAGAGAAAUGAGACCCAUUAAAUGGUUCAGCUCUCUUCUUGCUGUGGCUGGGGAUUACACACCCAGAAACAUCCUGGACAAAGCAAAAUAAUAAGAAGUUCAGAAAAUACAGGCAGAGCGCAGGGCCUCCACAGAUAAAUACAUCGCCACAUACUUCGAGUGGGUCACAAGAGAUGACUGAGGGACAUUACUUAUGUAUGACUUUACUUUUUUUAUUUGGAAAAUUCUGCAUACUAUACCUUUAAAGUUGUUGCAAUAUAAAUUUGCAGACUGACUAAAAGGCUUUAUGAUUAAGAUGUUUGAGCUCUGUUUGACAGCCAUCCAGGACCAUGAUACAUAGCACUAGUAUCUGCUGGGAUCAGUAUGUGGUCAUAUGACUGCAGCACUUAUUUUCUGUUCACAGUGGUAUGGUUCCUCUCUGUUUUUCUGCACUGUGGACCACACCAGUAUGUCUUCUCUCCAAUGUGUUCUCUCCUGUGAGGAGACUUUAGUGUUUUGGGUGUGUUAGUUACUGACUGGAACUUCUCCAGCGUCAGUCCUAGUAGGCAGGUUUUUCUCCAGUAUGACCUCUCACAUGGUCUAUGUGAUUAGUCGCUCCGCUCACAGUGUUGACAUCUGGAUCUGACUGUGUUUCUGUUUCUGUAAAGCCAUGAACCAGCCACUGUGUGUCUAGUAGACAAAAAAAAGUCAACUCCCUGCCCUGUUGACAGUUUAUUGUUAGAGGCUGAUAAAUGUUCAGACAUACAAGACCUGUGUGUAGGGAGGAAAGGGGAUUUUAGUGUUUCUGUAUGUGUGCAAAUUAAAUCUUUAGUCUGAACAACACCUGUUGAAAUGGUUGUAUGGCAGGGCUGGGUACCGAGACAUAACGCUUAAGAUACUCUAUGUAAAACUAAUUGUUGGUAUUGUUUUCAUUUUGAAGGCCUACAUGGACUCUUAAGGCCCUUUUUCCACUGUCAACACUUUUCCAUGAACCAAGGAGCCUUCUUAGGAACUAAAGAACUUCACCUGUGAUUUGACCAAAGAAACCAGGAGCUAAAAUGAUUUCCUGGCCUGCAAAAAGUCCUUACUUCAGGUGGCAGUACUGUAAAAUGGCUCAGGAACUCUUGGCGUCAACUUUGUGACAGAUUUAAAAGAUUCAAGAUGAUGAGUUUGCGAUGAGAGAGCUAGCUUGUGAAUGUUAAAACAAGAAAAACACCUAAUAAAAAAUCAACACAAAUAGACAACAAGCAAUAAGAAUAAAUAUCAAAUAAUAAAACAACACGAUAGGUGUCCUUCCAGUGUGGUGAACACACACACACACACACACACACACACACACACACAUACACACACACACGCUUUUUAGUUCCUGAGUUUAGUUUCUGGUAUUUAGUUCAUGGAACUAUUUGGUCAAAAAAGGGCUUUAGGGAGUUUUGUCGACUGGUCCCAUAAUGCAGUAUAUAAUGAGAUUAAUGACACCAUAAUCAUCUGUGUGUCAGAUAUUAAUCCAUAAACGUAUGCCAUCUUAAUUAUAAUGUUAACUUUAAGCUGCUUCUUGACCCGACUUGUUAAAUAAACAUACAAUUCUAAAAUGGUGCACUUUAAAUGACAGGGGAAUACUUCACCCAUAGUUUCAUCGACAGUUUUGUUUACACAGGAAGUAAGAAUAAGUAGCUAGACAUUUCUUUACUUAAGGGCUUGAAAAAUGAUGAAAUGUUUUCAGAAACAAAUGUAUCUAUUGGCUCUCUUUAUUAGUGUCUUGAGCUCAAACUUAUAGCUACUAACUCUAACAUCUGUCCACAAAUCCUUAAACCUUAUGGCACAAAAUGAAUAUGAAUACAAACAUAAUAAAAUAUUGUGCCUAUAAAAAUGUACAUGGAUAAGUCUACACAGAGAUAACUCUGGGUACUAAAAUGACUAUUGGAUCAAACUCUCAUCAAGCCUGUAGAGUCCUUUUUUUUUAUUAGUUAUGAGGAAGUGUUACAGAGAAAGUUCUCAUGUAAGGGCUUUUUAGCAUGCGGGGAAUAAAAGGGGUCUGCUGUUUUCAGUAGAGAAAGCAAAUCAUUUGUACUCGUUAUAACUAAAGUAACUUACUUUAGUAUAAAAUGAGCUGAUUUAAUUCAACAAUAAAAAGUGAGUAACUGAUGUUUCUCGGAUGCCCAGCCCUGCUGUUGUACCAAUACUUGACAUUAUUGUAAAAAACAACAACUUUUUUUCUAGUUUAUCGCAGUGCCCUUUAGUCAUUAGUGUUGAAACACUGUCGUGAAGAUUCUGUCAGUGUCAUGUUUGUUAUGGUACUUAAAAACUAGUGAAAUUUUUGGGGAGUGUCGUGAUGCGUUUGCUGUCACCUGCUUUGCUUUUCCACUGCCACUAAAACAGCCAAAGCUGCAUUUAAGUGAAUGGGAGAGGCUGUGAUGAUAUAUAUAUGUGUGUGUGUGUGUGUGUGUGUGUGUGUGUGUGUGUGUGUGUUUGUUUGUUUUAGAUGAUAUCAUGUGAACAAAGUAUGUGUGUAUGUGUGGUGAUACAAAUCAAUGUCUCAAAACGUGUUAAAUGUGAUAACAGGCAGUUCCGACUGCAGUACAACUGUCAGGAGUUACAGCAUUAACACAGUGAACAAGCACAGUUAAUAUCAAACUGAUUGUUUUUAAGUCUAGCUUUAGAUUUGUGGAGCGUUUUGCUGGAUUGUAACAAUGGUGUUCAUUCACACAAGUACAUUGACAUGACCAACAUUUCUGGGUUAAAAACAACUUUUUGUGUGUGUGAUAUACACAGAUUCAGUGUGUGUAUAUUUGAUAACACUUUACAGCUGCCUUAUUGCAAUGUAUUAGCCCAGUGAAAUGUACUAUUAAUGUACUAUUAACAGUAGAAAAGUCCAAUAAAAAUUUGGAAUUUUGGAGGUGCAAAAACAGCAUCAUUACAUUUAAGAUCAAAUAAAUGGAGAUAUUCAAUAAAGUAAUUACUUGUCAAAAUGCAAAUGUAAAGUGUUAACCUCCUCUUACUUUAAAACCAUAACAUUUGUAUAAUAUAAAUUGUAAUAUAUGGAGAAAAUAGCCAGUUUUGGCUGUAUAGUGUAUUUCAGCUGCAGCAGUUUUAUUAGCCUUUAUAUCUCGAUGACAUGAUCCCGCAUUUCAUUUGUUUUUAUUUUGUGUAAAUCCAUUUUACUGCUUCAUGACUGAUGACAUAAGUUCAUCUGUGAAAGGCUUUACAUUCACAUCAAACUGAGUUCAUUUGGGCAUUUAUACCAGGGAUGGCAAAUGUUGUAAAAAAAAAAUGAGUCGAAAUUAGAAGUUUUGCAUCUGGCUAUUAGUGUGAUGCUAAUUAUUAAUUAGUAAUAGAAGUUAUUUAUAUCAGUUCCCAGGUGUAAAUUUAUAUAUUUUUAACUGCAAGAAAGCCCUUUUGCUGAAAGUCCUUAAAUGACUUGCAACAUUAUUUUGUCUUUAUUCACUUCAGCUGCAAUGUGCAAUUGUUAACAAUAGUUUUGGCAGACACUGGACAAGAGACCAUUGUUGUGCAUUUCCCCAAAUCCCUUCUGCACAAGGAGUCAUCCCUGGUAUGACUGACAAAACAUUUUGUUUGUGUGAUGGAAAUUAAAAAGUUGUGUGUUUGUGUGUGUGAAUGUUCGAUCUUUAGUUUAUCCAAUACUGUUUUUAUUCCUUGUGGAAAAUUUAAACAAGUUUCAUGUACUAAACUGCAUUUUCUACCAACACUGAGCCACUCUGCUGCCACAUUCGUAAUAAUGUUAAUAAUGUUCAGCCACACUGUUCACACUCUCAGUCACAAUGACCAGAUCACAUCAUCACUGAGCAUCGGCCAUCUCAAAUCCACCGUCGUGAAGCCUUGUUAAACUGUGGCUCGUUGGUGUUACCAGUGUUUUGUGUGAUCAAAGUGGUUGAUGUUGAACAACGCACAUCACAGUUCAGUUCUCAGAGAAAAAAAAACAACCUGUUGGAUCUACUUGACAGCAGUUUUGUGGGUUAUAGCUGUGUAACAAGGAACAAGCAUCUGCUUGUGAAAUCAGAAUAAACCAUUUGUGCUGUUUGAAUGUU